CCACUGUUGACUGUUUUUAUUAUUGUUGUUGUUAUUAUUUUUUUUUCCUCCUCCUCCUCUCACACCGUCUCCCGCGCCGUGCGUGCGUGUGCGUGUCGGCCGAGUCUUCUGCGCGUCACCGUCCAGUCCAUAUGCGUUGACUGCUCGUCGCGCACACAAUAUUGUUAUUAUUAUUGUUGUUGUGGAGCGGCUGAUAAAAACCGAGUGAAAAUCGGAAUAGAGAAGAAAAUAUAAUCCCUUCGAUUCGUAAUAAUUAUUAACAAGUGUUGCUACCGCAGUACGGACGACGAUACUAUCGGGUCGCGCCGACGUGCGCCUGUCGUUCCCUGACAUUUUAUAUUCGUUUCCCGGACGCCAAGCGGUGCUCGCGCGCGCGCGCCAGUCGAAAAAACCGCGCAACCGUACGCCAAUCGUGCGAUUACGCUGCACCGCCGUAUACCGUCGUCGCCGGGCGCGCGCCGACAGGUUUUCCGGAGACACUUUUGCGUUGAACCAAAAUGGAUUCGUUGCGCGAACAGGUGAUGAUCAACCAAUUCGUGCUUGCCGCCGGAUGCGCCAGAGACCAGGCCAAGCAGUUGCUGCAGGCCGCCCACUGGCAGUUCGAGACUGCAUUGAGCAUAUUUUUUCAAGAUUCUUCUGUAUCCAGUUGCAAUCAAAAUUCAGCACAGUUUGGAUUUGGACAAAUGACACCGUGUAAUACUCCUGCUACGCCACCCAAUUUCCCUGAUACUCUGAUCGCCUUUUCACGUAUGACAACUUCAUCUGAAAAUUCAAAAUUGGGAUCAUCACCAAGUAUGUCUGUUUCUCCUCAAAAUAGAACCUCGUUAGAAAACAGUCAAUCAAAGAGGCACCCAUAUGCACAUUUAGCACCAAACACAGUUUCAAAUAACACAUAGGGAACAAUCAUGUACAUUUGUUAUUUUUAAUAUAAACUUAGCCAUAUUAUUGUUUUAGUGUCCAAAGAUGACACAUGCUUUUUGUAACUUUUUACUCUAGAAUUAUAUUGUUUAGAGAUAUUUUAUCAUUUGAUUGUUAUUAUAUAUAUAUUAUCAUAUAUAUUUUUUUUUUGAUUUACUGUUUUUUUUCUGUUAGAAGAUAUUUUCAUUAAAAUAAGUAAUUUAUGAAACAUAUAAUAAAUACUCAAUUUAAAAUUAAGUUAAUAUAUUUUAAUCAUAAUUCAAUUUCCAUAAAAAAUCACUCUGUUAUUGCAAGAUGCUUAACAUAAUAAUUUUACUUGUUUUUGAUUAAAGAGAAAGAUCAAACUUGACAUUAUUUUUUUUAUUAUUAUAUAUAUUUUUUUUUAUAUACAUAAAUAAUUUAUAUUAUAAUAGCUAAUAUCUUAUUUUUGUUUGUACAACUCAAAAUUACAUAAUGACUGCGUAUCGAGUACAACAAUUAUGUUCCAACAGUGCAUAAUAUGGCGCAUAACUGUUGUGGUGUAAUUACAAAACUUAUUUUAAUUGAAAAAAUAAAUAAAUAAUUGUAAUAAAGUAUAUACAUUAUU